GAGAGUAAGAGAGAGCAGUUCUUACAAGCGCCUCUGCUUUCUGGUGUGUGUAUGUGUGUUAGUGUGUGUGUGAGAGGUUUGUGGUGGGACUGUGUCUUGAUCUUGGGCUGCUGCAGUAAAAGCGUGAGGAGGAGGCAGGAGAGGAGAGUGCUGCGCUCUGGAAUUCUCCAUAGGAAAGAGGAAUAACACCAAUCCAGCUGCACGGAUAGCAUCGGACCGGAUACCUAGUGAGAUCUCAGCGGCUUCCACACCUCUGGCCUUAUGCAGAAAACUCUGAGCACACCUGAUUUAGAUUGGACCAGGCUGUGUAUUAUGUACAGUUGCUGAUCUCUGAGAUGGCCGUGUGGGCCCGACAGGCCCAAACAUCCCCCCUGCAGCGCUGCCUCCACCUCCUCCAGGCCCAGCGGCCCACCCUGUGCAUCUGAUCGGCCCAGCCCUGCUAACACCCAUCCUGGGCUUCCCUCUCAUCGGGCCACCUGGCUUCACUCUGGGCCCACCAUGGGAGGAUGCCUCUCCAAACCCAAACCAGUAGAGGUCAAAGUUGAGCUCACUCUUUUGGACAAAGAGAAAGAGGUGGACCUGAUGUCUCCUAAUGGAAAGGCCAGUCCAUUUUCAGAAUGCAGACCCAACGGAUCUCUGGGACACUGUUCGGACGAGGACUCCAUGACACUGCGGCCACAGCGCAAACAUAGAGACUACAUAGAGGCAUCCGUCUGCCAUGUAAAAGAUCUCGAAAAUGGACAAAUGCGUGAGGUGGAUUUGGGGGCAGGUCGUGCUCUGCUCAUUAAGGAACAUGGAGAAUUCUUUGCCAUGGGACACAAGUGCCCACAUUAUGGGGCUCCACUGGUCAAAGGUGUGCUAUCAAAAGGGCGUGUGCGAUGUCCAUGGCAUGGGGCAUGUUUUAACAUCACUACGGGUGAUAUUGAGGAUUUUCCUGGCCUAGACAGUUUGCCUACCUUCCAGGUCAGAGUCGAAAAGGAGAAGGUGAUAAUAAGAGCAAACAAGCAGGCCCUUCAGACUCAGCGGCGGUCAAAGGCCAUGUCAAAAUGUUCAGCUGUCAUCAAUUCCAGCACUGGAUUCAGUCACGUUCUCAUUAUCGGAUCAGGUCCUGCUGGUCUGGUGUGCGCUGAGACUCUGAGGCAGGAGGGUUUCACUGACCGUAUAGUGAUGUGCACUAUGGACAAACAUCUGCCUUACGACAGGCCUAAACUGAGUAAGUGUUUAGAGAGCACGGCUGAGCAGCUUCAGCUGCGCUCAUCUGACUUCUUUCAGAUGCAUGACAUUGAGAUACUAUUAGAGAAAGAGGUUGCCUCUGUGGAUGUGAAGACACGUACUGUGACAUUUCGGGAUGGUUUUAAAAUGGAGUAUCGAAAACUCUUCAUUGCCACAGGGAGCAGACCCAAACCUUUGAGCUACAAAGGCAAAGAUGUGGGAAAUGUGUUUCAUCUCAGAACACCGGAAGAUGCCAACAGCAUCGCAACACUCGCCAGCAGUAAGAACGCUGUAAUUGUUGGAACCUCAUUUAUUGGUAUGGAGGUGGCCGCAGCUCUCACAGAUAAGGCUCACUCAGUGUCUGUGAUCGGCAUCGAGGCUGUACCAUUUCGUAAAGCACUUGGAGAGAAAGUGGGAAAAGCCUUGAUGAAGUUGUUUGAGUCAAACAGGGUGAAGUUCUACAUGUUGAACGAGGUGUGGGAGAUGCGAGGGCAUAAUGGACAGUUAAAAGAAGUGGUUCUAAAAAGCGGCAAAGUCUUGAGAGCUGACGUCUGUGUUAUUGGCAUAGGCUCCAGUCCAGCCACAGCAUUUCUGAAGCAGAGCGGAGUGCACAUGGACUCCAAAGGAUUCAUCCCAGUCAAUAAGACCAUGCAGACGAACAUUGAUGGGGUUUUCGCUGGAGGUGACGUGGUAACGUUUCCUUUAGCUUUACGUAGCCAUAAGAAGGUGAACAUACCCCACUGGCAGAUGGCUCACGUACACGGUAGAGUAGCUGCCCUUAGCAUGAUGGGAAAGGCCUCAGAAAUUAAAACGGUGCCUUAUUUCUGGACAGCCAUGUUUGGAAAAAGCAUACGAUAUGCAGGUUAUGGAGACGGCUUUGAUGAUGUCGUCAUCCAGGGGGAUUUGGAUGAGCUGAAAUUUGUGGCAUUCUACACAAAGAGUGAGGAGGUGGUAGCCGUGGCCAGUAUGAACUAUGACCCCAUUGUGUCACGGGUUGCAGAAGUCUUUGGCUCUGGAAAGACGAUUAGGAAACGUGACGUGGAGACAGGAGACAUGUCAUGGCUGAUCGAUAAAGGCUCACAGUGAGGAUGUGAUUGGCUCAGCACAGCAAGCUCCUUGAGUUUUCCUUGCCAAACUUGGACGAUCUCCUGUAACAGACGUAGUCUUAGUGCUGCAGUUGGUUAAGUGGGACACUAGAUGGGAGACGUACGCCGUCCUAACCCAAGCACCUGGGCCGUGCCGAGGACAUCGUCCCCAUGAGGUGGAACCUCUCUCCGGGCCUGGAUCCGUUCACAGCACUAACAAAUGAGCCAUACCUGGUUUUUAACCCUCUGUACUAGACGGGACAGUUCUCUCUCUCUCUCUCUCUCUCUCUCUUGCGGGUUGGUCGACUCUUUUGCAUGAAGCAUCUGCCUGUACACAAUGUUCAUGGGAGAGCGGUUAAGGGGAAUUGUCAUAUUUUAUUUUGUACAUGUGACUUUGUAUAUAGCUGUUAACUGGAGAUACAUUCAAACAAUAAGUCUGCACUUUUUUUUUUCUACCGAACCUCUGCUAGCCAGGCUACGGGAACGAGAAUAGAGUUGAUGCCUGGCUCACAUCGAAAUAUGCAGCUUCGCUUGUGGCAGUUUGUAGAUGUAGAGAGAGCAGAUGCAUGAUAAUUCAUAUGCACAGGGCAUUAGUUUUCAUCAAGACUCUCCCAAAGGAUCUUAAUAUGGGAUCAUUAUUCAGGGAAGGGAACAAGUUCCAUAUGUCAAUGUCUAUGAAUAUAAAUCAAAUAUAAUAUAUGAUAUAGUAUUAAUAUAUUUCAGAAUUCACAGGUAGAUGGGUGAAUCUCACAAAACCCAUAUCCAAAAGAAAUGAAAUAUAUAUAUUGCUUAAAAGAAAAUUAAGCCUGUUUUUAGGACCAUUAACUUUUUUUUUCAUUCUGACAUUAUUUUCUUAACAUUUACCCCAAAUUCCCAUUACUGUAAUGAAAAAUGAUAUAUAUAUCAGGGUCAGAAAUUAACUUUUCCAGGGGGAAAUACUUGAAGUGAUUUCCAGGGGCAUUUUUUUUUUUUUACAUUUGAGGGCAAUUCUUAUUUAUUUUUAUCACCUUAUUAUUUUAAAAACUAUAUGUUGUCUUUAAUUUUAAAUACUUGCAUUUACCCAAUUACUUUAAUCAAUAUUUUAAACUGUUGUCAAUAACAAUACUGUUUAAAAUUGUAUCUAAAUUAUACAUGUAAAACACAGGAGCUCAUAAGGCUGCAAUAUUAUGACAGAAAGCAUUAUUGUAGAUUAUUGCUCUUUAUAUUGUAAUAAUGAUUAUUAAUAUCGAUAUAGAAAACAAUAUAAAACAUUUUUGUUUCGUUUUGGGCACGUCACAUUCUGGCUUCACCGACAAACAUGUCCGUCCAGUACAAGUCUAGCACAAGUUAUGCAAAAACUCUACAAGCUACAAAAUAAAUUUUUUUUUUUUUUACCUCAUAUCUUUACUGUGUUGUUUACGCUGAGGGAAUUUGCGAAUAAUCAUCAACAGCUCCAGGGUUCAGCGCUGACUAACCUAAGCCCAUCUGAUUGGCCAAUGCAUUCCUAAGUACAACAGAAACGCGUUUGAUUGGCUAUAAGGCUCAAAGUUGCAUCAAACGUCGCGUAAAAGCAAUCUGACGUAUUAUGAUCGAACCUAAAUGUAAUUCCACGAAUUGACACUUUUAAUUUAUUUCAUUUUAAUCGUGACAGCCGAUAUACAUUGUUUAAUUGUCUUGAGUUUAUGCGUUUUUGUUCAUUUUGACAUUAUUAUGCCCUCUUUAAUUUCCGACCCUAAUACUAGGCCUAUAUUUGAAAAAGGAAUACAUUUUAUUUUAAAAUACAUUUUAACAGUCAUUUUAUAUAAAUACAGUAUAAACACUUUUUGAGGGCAUUAUUUUCAGCACAUUUUCCCAAUUCUCUCCUUUCUUCAAUGUUUCACUAAUUACUGUACUACAGCAAAAUAUAUACAGUUUUUUUUCUUUUAUGGUUUUGUGGUGAAGUAUGACCUGGAUGUGUUAUUGACAGGCAUUAUGAACUGCUGAAUCUUUAUUUAAUUCUCCCAGCCAUUAAGCAUUUCAAGUUCAAAUCUACUAUAAAUUCUCCAUGGCAAUAAUGCGAUACUGUCAUUUUGAAUGUUCUCACCCCAAACUGAAGCAUGAGCCCAUGCACCAGGACUGGCCUGAAACACGCUGACCUUUAACAAUGACAAUAUACCUCUUGCUCAUGGGAACUGUGGUUGCCCUGCUAGAAAAAUUGCACAAGAUGACAAAUAUUUAAAGCUAUAACUUUAUCGAUAGAAAUGCUCGUAUUAUAAGAGGCUUGUAUUUUCUGACUAAUCGUAAAAUGAUUUAUUGACGACAGAUUGAUUGAUUGUUGAUUGUAUUUUUAGAUUGUACGCAAUAAUAACGAAUGCUUUUCUUGUAGCUCUGACCUCCUAUAGCUUUUCUUCGGUACUAACUCAGGGAUUGGAGGUUUCAGUCAUAUGGGACAGGUUCUGGUGGAAUAAAAAAUGAAUAAAUUUGUUGCUAUAACAUUU